AUGGGUAGAGUUAGAACUAAAACUGUUAAGAGAGCCGCCAAGAGCUUGAUUGAACAUUACUACAGCAAGUUAACCAACGAUUUCCACUUCAAUAAGAAGAUCCUUUCCGAAGUCGCUCAAGUCCCCUCCAAGAGACUUAGAAACAAGAUCGCUGGUUUCGCUACUCACUUGAUGAAGAGAAUCCAAAAGGGUCCCGUCAGAGGUAUUUCUCUCAAGGUCUAAGAAGAAGAAAGAGAAAGAAGACUUGACUACGUCCCCGAAAAGUCUAUUAUUGAUAUUGAAAAGGUUACCAUUGAUAACGAAACCAAGGAAAUGCUCAAAAAGCUUGGUUACUAAAACAUCCCUGGUCUUGUUAGCGCUUCCGCUCCUGCCAACAAGAAGAGAGGAUAAUGA